UACUUCUUCGAAUGUGCAAUACCGCACCAAAUAAUUUCGUCGAUUUUUUAAUGUUUAUUUCUUAGCCGUGAAUUUGAAUUUAGUGCAAUAGGGGAUAAUUGAAGUACAGAUAUUCUACGUUAUAAGUUGUAAUGCGAUUGUCAAUAUAAUCAACUGAUUUGACCCAAAGGUUACAUAAUGAUGUGAAGAAAUUCGAUAUACUACGUCAAACAAUUCACUCAACGUUCAUUGUCAGCGAUAAAAAAAAAGAGAAUUCAUUUUAAAAGAUCCGCACAGUCUUUUCAUAUUAAAGCGUUUGAAUAUAAAUAAUAUUUCUCUAUCAUGGGAAACGCAGCAGUGUUAAUUGUAGGUUGUAAUGCAGCACCAUCAAAUAUAUCACAGCUAGAAUGUUAUUGGGGCGGUGAAACCAAAAGGAACCCCUUAAUGUUAGCAUCUAAAAAAGGAAAUGUUCACAGGGUGCAGAUUUUAAUUAAAAAUGGAAGUGAUGUAACUGCUGUUGACAAAUAUGGAUGGACAGCGCUAAUGAUAGCCUCUAGAUAUGGACAUGAAAAAAUUGUUGAAAUUUUAAUUAAAAGACGCUGUCAUAUAAAAGCUGUUAACAACUAUAGAUGGAAUGCAUUAAUGAUAGCCGCUGAAAAUGGGCAUGAAAAAGUUGCAGAACUUUUAAUUAAAAAAGGCAUUGGUAUAAAAGCUGUUGACAAUAUUGGAUUGAAUGCAUUAAUGAUAGCAGGAUUUAUUGGACAUGAAAAAAUUGUUGAACUUUUAAUUAAAAAAGGCAGUGAUAUUAAAGCUGUUCAAAAACAUGGCUGGAAUGCUUUAAUGUUGGCCUCUGUUAACGGACAUGAAGAAGCUGUAGAGAAUUUGAUUAAAAGUGGCAGUGAUAUUAAAGCGGUUGACAAAAAUGGGAUGAAUGCAUUAAUGCUAGCUUCUUAUUAUGGCCACAAAAAAACAGUAGAACUUUUAAUCGAAAGUGGUAGUGAUAUUACAGCUACAGCUUUUAACGAGGUUGGAUGUAAUGCAUUAAUGCUAGCUUCUUUUAGUGGACAAGACACAAUUGCAGAACUUUUAAUUAAAAGUGGCAGCGAUCUUAAAGCUGUUGACAGUAAUGGAUGGAAUGCAUUAAUGUUGGCCUCUCUUAACGGACAUGAAGAAGCUGUGGCGCUUUUGAUUAAAAGUGGCAGUGAUAUUAAAGCGGUUGACAAAAAUGGAAAAAAUGCACUAUUGUUAGCCUCUAAUAAUGGACAUAAAAAAACUGUAGAACUAUUAAUAAGUAAUGGAAGUGAUAUAAAUGCUAUUCAAAAAGAUCGAAGGAAUGCAUUAAUGUUGGCCUCUCUAAAUGGGCAUCAAGAAACUGUAAAUUUUUUAAUAACAAAUGGUACUGAUGUUAAAGUUGUUGACAAUGGUGGAAGGAAUGCAUUAAUGUUAGCCUCUCUAAACGGACACGAGAAAACUGUAAAUCUUUUAAUAACGAAUGGUACUGAUGUUAAAGUUGUUGACCAUGAUGGAAGGAAUGCAUUAAUGUUGGCCUCUCUAAACGGACACGAGGAAACUGUAAAUCUUUUAAUAACGAAUGGUACUGAUGUUAAAGUUGUUGACCAUGAUGGAAGGAAUGCAUUAAUGUUGGCCUCUCUAAACGGACACGAGGAAACUGUAAAUCUUUUAAUAACGAAUGGUACUGAUGUUAAAGUUGUUGACCAUGAUGGAAGGAAUGCAUUAAUGUUAGCCUCUCUAAACGGACACGAGGAAACUGUAAAUCUUUUAAUAACGAAUGGUACUGAUGUUAAAGUUGUUGACCAUGAUGGAAGGAAUGCAUUAAUGUUGGCCUCUCUAAACGGACACGAGGAAACUGUAUACCUAUUAAUAAAACAUGGUGCUGAUGUUAAAAUUGCUGACAAUGAUGGAAGUAAUGCAUUAAUGCAUGCUUCUAAAAAUGGAAAUGUAAAAACAGUAGAACUUUUAAUAAAACUUGGCACUGAUUUUAAUGAUGUUAACAAAUGUGAAGGUAAUGCAGAGCGCCUCACCAUGUGCAAUGAACAUAAAUGUGGCAGUGAUAUAAACGCUGUUAAUAAUGAUGGAUGGAAUGCAUUAAUGAUAGCCUCUCUAAAUGGACAUAAAGAGACUGUAGAACUCUUAAUAAAAAGUGGAAGUGAUAUAAAUGCUGUUCAAAAAGAUGGAAUAAAUGCAUUAAUGUUGGCCUCUUGUAAGGGACAUGAAAAAAUUGUAGAACUUUUAAUUAAAAGUGGCAGCGAUGUUAAAGCGGUUGACGAUAAUGGAUUGAAUGCAUUAAUGUUAGCCGCCUUUAUUGGACAUGAAAAAACUAUAGAACUUUUAAUACAAAGUGGCUGUGAUAUUAACGCAAUUAAUAAUGAUGGACGGAAUGCAUUAAUGAUAGCCUCUCUAAAUGGCCAUGAAAAAACUGCAGAACUCUUAUUAAAAAGUGGCAGUGAUAUUAAAGUUAUCGAACAAGAUGGAGGAAUGCAUUAAGGCUAUCCGAUAAAAAUGGAAAUGAUAAAACUGUGGAACUUUUAUUUAAAAAUGGGUGUGAUAUUAAUGCUUUUAACAAUGUUGGGUGCAAUGCAUUAAUGAUUGCCUCUAUUCAUGGAAAAGAAAAAAAAAAUUGUAGAACUUUUAAUUUAAAAUGGCAGUAAUAUUAAAGCUUUUAUAUAGGUGGCCAGGGCUAGAUAUGCCAGAAAAGCAUUUUAAAAUUUGUUUUGGAGAAUGAAGGCAAAAUUUAAAGUCGGUGUGAUUAAAAUUAAUAGAACUUUUAAAAUGUCACCUGUGACGUCAGUAUAUGAAGGGAUAUUGUGAUCAGACACAUGCUCAGCCGAAAUCGGUGUUUUUAAAAGAUGAAAAACGUCUUU